AUGUCAAAAAGAAAACGUGUUAAUCUUUCAGCUUUACAAAAACGAGAAAUUUGUGAAAUAAAAGAAAAAAAUCCAAAUAUUAAUAAUGUAGAACUUUCUGGACAAUAUAAUGUUGGAAAGUCAACAAUAACAGAUAUUUUAAAAGAAAAAGAACGUUGGUUUUCUAUUACAAUUGAAGAACAAGGAAAUAUAAAAAAUUUCGUAAUCCCAAAUGGCAGCUUGAAA